CCCAACAUCCUGAUCCUGGAUGAGCCCACCAGUGGCUUAGACUCGGUGACCACGUGGCAGCUCAUUAACACCCUUAUUGAGCUGACCCAACAGCCCGAGCCCAUAGCCAUUGUGGUGACCAUUCAUCAGCCGAGCGCCAAACUCUUCGGUCUGUUUAACACAAUAUAUUUGCUGUCCUGUGAGGGACAGUGUAUUUACAACGGACCGCCCCAUAAGAUGUUGACCCUGUUCAGUGAACAUGGACUGGAGUGUCCCAGGUUCACAAAUCCAUCGGACUUUGCCCUGGAAGUGGCUGCUAAUGAGCACGGGAUGGCCAAACUCAUGAUGCUGUCCACUCUUAACAAAAUAGACGCACUCGAUAUGGAUGAACACGACUUCCGGAUUAGGAUUAAGACUCAGUUCAGGACGUGGAGAACCGUAUGGUUAUUGACACUCAGGUCAAUGCAAACCACACUUAGGGACCCGUAUAUGUUGCCACUGAAAGUGUCCGCAUAUAUCGUAUCAGCCGUUAUGAUUGGACUCAUGUUUGGGUCGGACAGCGGUAUACUGUCCUCCUGUUCCUCGGACUUCAAUAUAGGCGACGGCAAGGAUUUGAUGAAAAAAUAUCAGGAAAUCGCAGCCGAUAUUAUGGAGAACUGCUCCGGGAUUCUGUUUGCCGUCAUGUUUGGGUGGUUUAUGUCUAUAUUUCCCAUUUUACUCAUAUUUCCGAGUGAGAUGAAUGUCUUUCUAAAGGAAUAUGGGAACGGUACCUAUUCGUGUUUCGCGUAUUUCAUGUCCAAAGUGUUGAGUGAUAUACCCUUUCAACUAAUACUUCCCAAUUUGGGUGGCCUACCCGUGUACUACCUGACCGGCCAGUAUAUGGGCGAGUGGUGGCGUAUAUACGGCUUUCAAUUAAUAUUCAUAUUAGUCUCAAUCAAUGCCAGCGCCCAGGGAUUUCUGAUCAGUGCUAUUAUACCGGAAAGUCCGUUGGCCUGUGCUUUCAUAGGACUUAUAUCAUUAAUACCAAUGUGCUUACUGUCCGGUUUAAUGGUAGAGCUGGAUAAAAUGCCAUUUUAUUUCCGAUACUUUGCGUAUAUAAACUAUGUCAAAUACGGUAUGGAUACAACCCUGAUCAAUAUCUAUGGGUUCGAUAGGUGUUCAGCGGAAGGGGUAGAAAGGAACGACACGUUCAAUAUCAUGGAUGCCAUUCCUCCUGAGAAAAUGAUGCAAAUAUACUCAUCCGAUAAAAUAGAUGUCGAAAAAAUUAUGUCUACUGUCGGGGGACUUAUGACAGGGAUUUUAGAUGAAGAUAAUCACUCAUUUAUCCUGUCUUAUUUUAAGCUGGACGUUAACAUCGAUAUCAAUAAUGAUACCAAUUCACAAGCAAAGCCUACUAAUGGCAACCUGGAUCCGUUUCGGGUGAUGUGGCGUAACCUGACCUACACUGCCAACGAUAAUACGAACCGCAAGAAAGUGAUACUCAAUGGAGUGAACGGCUAUUUCAUUAGCAGUCAGAUCACAGGGAUUAUGGGGCCGAGCGGUUGCGGUAAGUCUACGCUAUUGGGAUGUAUAGCCGGUAUUAAGACCAAAGGGUUGUCCGGGUCCAUAACCAUUUCGACAAACAUCAAGGUAAAGUUUGCGUUUAUAGUGCAGGAGAACUACAUCCUAAGUAGGCUUUCCGUUCGCGAGUCGCUUAUGUAUGCCUCGAAACUCAAAAACGACCCGUUCGUCGACCACUCGGGUAUUGUGAACGACGUGAUCGACAAACUCAUGAUCCAGACGUGCGCCGACAACCGGCCCUCCCGGUGCUCAGGCGGCCAACUCAAGCGAGUGCUCAUUGGACUGGAGCUGGUGUCCCGGCCCAACAUCCUCAUCCUGGACGAGCCCACCACUGGCUUAGACUCAGUGACCACGUGGCAGCUCAUCAAUACACUCAUAGCGCUGACCCAACAGCCGGAACCGGUAGCCGUUGUGUUGACUAUACAUCAGCCGAGUGCCAGACUUUUCAAUCUGUUUCACGCGAUAUACUUGUUGUCGGCGGACGGGCAGUGCAUAUACAACGGCUCCCCA